AAUAUUUGUGGUAAAAUACAUUUAAUUUGUAUGUUUCUAGUGUUUCCAGGUUCAUUUCUCACAGCAUUAAACUUCAUUUUCAUAUAAAAUACGUUUUGCCUGAAAGGGAAACACUGUACAAGGAUAUUAACUCCGGAAAUAAGAAAACAGCAUUAUGGGAAAUGAUCUUACCAUGCCGAUGGAGAUGUGUUCACAUUUCGAUCCUGAUGAGAUAGCAAGGCUUGGCAAACGGUUUCGAAAGUUAGAUCUCGACAACUCUGGUUCACUGAGUAUUGAUGAGUUCAUGUCACUGCCUGAGUUGCAACAGAACCCUCUGGUUCAACGAGUUAUUGAGAUAUUUGACCAAGAUGGGAAUGGAGAGGUUGACUUUAGAGAGUUUAUUGAAGGAGUCUCCCAGUUCAGUGUUAAAGGAGAUAAAUCAUCAAAGCUUAAAUUUGCUUUCCGUAUUUAUGACAUCGACAACGAUGGAUUCAUCUCAAACGGAGAAUUAUUCCAAGUUCUUAAAAUGAUGGUGGGGAAUAACCUUAAGGACACUCAGCUGCAACAAAUUGUCGAUAAAACGAUCAUUUACGCCGACAAAGACGGUGAUGGGAAAAUAUCUUAUGAUGAAUUUGCUGCAGUUGUCUCCUCACUGGAUGUUCAUAAGAAGAUGGUAGUUGAUGUCUGAUGUUGCAACUCAAAAAAAAUAGAUUAUUCUUAAAGUUGUUAUUCCUCAUUAAGCAUGUUUGAAGGCCACACUAUUUAGUGUAAUGUUGUGGUUUGAAGUUUUCUCAAUUUAAAGUUUGUUUUGAGGUACUGAGUGCUCUUGCUUGGUUAUUAUUAUACGAUUUGACAUUUUGCAUGUUUGAUAUUUUAUUACUGUUCAAAGGCAGUGUUGUAAAUUGUUCUAUUACAUAUGUAUGUUUAUGUACAUUGUAAACUCAAUAUAGCUAUGUUUUGUACCAG